GGAUGGGUGACCACAGCUGAUGCCAUUCCCAGGAGAGACCAGCACAAGAGUAUGGGAGAGCCAGGAUUUUCCAGAAAAUGGCUGUUCCACCUGCUUAUGCUGACCUAGGCAAAUCUGCCAGAGAUAUAUUCACCAAGGGAUAUGGUUUUGGGUUAAUAAAGCUAGAUUUGAAAACAAGAUCUGAAAAUGGACUGGAAUUUACAAGCUCAGGUUCAGCAAACUCAGAAACAAGCAAAGUUAGUGGUAGUUUGGAAACAAAAUACAAAUGGGUGGAAUAUGGAUUGAUGUUCACUGAAAAGUGGAACACUGACAACACACUAGGCACCGAGAUUACUCUUGAAGAUCAGCUUGCACGGGGCCUGAAGCUGACCUUUGACUCCACCUUCUCUCCUAACACUGGGAAAAAGAGCGCUAAAAUUAAGUCGGGGUACAAAAGGGAACACAUCAACAUCGGCUGCGACAUGGAUUUUGAUAUUGCGGGUCCUUCAAUACGUGGAGCCCUUGUGCUUGGCUACGAGGGGUGGCUGGCAGGCUACCAAAUGACUUUUGAGACAGCGAAGUCUAGAGUAACCCAGAGCAACUUUGCUGUUGGCUAUAAGACUGAUGAAUUCCAGCUUCAUACUAAUGUGAAUGAUGGAACGGAAUUUGGCGGCUCCAUUUACCAGAAGGUGAAUGAUAAACUGGAAACUGCCGUGAAUCUUGCUUGGACAGCUGGAAAUAGCAACACUCGCUUUGGAAUAGCAGCCAAGUAYCAGAUUGACCCAGAUGCCUCUUUUUCUGCUAAAGUGAACAACUCCAGUCUGAUUGGGUUAGGAUACACUCAGACUUUAAAGCCAGGUAUCAAACUGACAUUGUCAGCUUUGUUGGAUGGCAAGAAUGUCAAUGCAGGUGGUCACAAACUUGGUCUAGGACUGGAAUUUGAAGCAUAAGGAGUGAUUUCACCAAUUGCUAAUCUGAAAAUACAGCAUAGCUACCUUCAGAAAAUAGUGUACCUUUCAAUGUUUUGUCUGGGGUGCAAGUAUUGCUACGUAUCAGUCCUGCUAGUCCUGGUUAAAGACAGCUAAGCUUUAAAAAUGAUGUUGUUAAAGAAGUGGAGACAAAAUMAUUAAAAAAAAAGAAAUCCUGGCUUUUUUUCUUUAUGUAAUUGUUCAUCACAUCUGUCAACUGCCACGUGACAAGAAGAAGGAAGGUGUUGAUUACCUCUACUAACAUAUUGGUGGCACAAGGAAUGUGUAAAUGUGAUAUAAAAACCUGGGAAUUGCAGACCACUAUAUUGUACUGUUAAUUCUGUAAGCAAAAUGUUCUGACAUUUGAGGCUUCAGUCAAUAAGGGAAUGUGCAAACUUGUMUGRAAAAGGGAUUU